GGUUCUAGAGUGUAUCUUCUGUACACUCCUUGGCUCCCUCCGCCGAGCAGCGGUGCAGCAAGAUGGCCGCGGCGGCGCCGGCCUCAGGCGCGGCACACGGCGGGGCUCUAGGCGCCGCCGGCUGAGAGGCGGCCUGUCAUUGGCGUGGCAGGGCGCCGCGCAGCCAACCAGCGGCGCGCUAGUUCCCGGUGCACCCAACAUGGCAGAAAUCAUUGUGAAAACAUCAUUGUGAAAGUGCUACGUUUCAGAUCCCCCCCAGGCCGUGACGCAGCGACAUGUGCGGCGUGUGAGCCCGGCAGACGACAGCUGCGCCGCGACCCGCCAUGGAGGAGUGCCCCGCGCUGGGCUUCAGGCCCCAGAAGCAGGUCGUCUACAACAAGCUUCUGCCAUACAGGGAAGGUCUCGACGCGGAAAUUCUGGAACAGAUCCGUGAGAUUAAGGAAAAUUUGUGCAAGGCUGCCAUCCUGCGUGACAUCAGGCCAGGAUGCGUCCACUGGGUGGCCAAGCUGUCCAGAUUUGUGAAACUUUAUGGAAUAUGUUUCUCCAAAGAGGACCAUGUGAAGCUGGUGAAGUUGCUAUACGAGUUGGCUGUCACUCUGAACCAGGAAUUCUGGGUCAUGGCAAAAUUUGCUCAAAUGCUGACAAUCCUUCUCAAGAAGAAAGAGCUGCUGAGCCCGGAUGACCUGGUGCUGGAGUGGCGUCCUCUAUAUGACUUGUAUAACAGUCUCUUCUACAAUUCCUAUAAUACCAUUGGGAUGCUGAUGCUGCCAUCGCGCACCCGGAGGGACACCAGUCGUAUGUUUAGCCGUAGGAGGGGAUUUACAUCAAAUGCGGAAGGAGCCGUGGAAAACAUGAUUCGAGUCUGCCGCUUCUACUUUCCACCAAAUGCUACAAAGGAGAUUUUAGAAGAGGUGCGGCCAUUGCUGUGCCCCUUUGACAUGAUCAUGCAGCGUGCCAUGGUCUACUUGGAGCUCUUCCUGCCUACUGCCCUCAACCCAGACCAAGAAGAUAUUGGCUGGAGACUUUGGAAGGAUGAGAUGCUGGGCAUCUGGAAUGCUUGCCACAAUGGCAACUCAUUGUUUUGGGAGAACACAAUGUUUUGGCUGUUCUCAAGACUAGCAUGGCACAACAUAGGCUACAUUGAUUGGGAGGAGCAUCUACCCAUGGUGUUUACAAAGGUAUUACGCUCAUUCCGCCUCCCAGUAUCUUACAAGAAAACCCAUGUUGGCAAAGGAGAUGGCCUCUCACAGUUUGCCUCAGCUAUGUUCAUUGUUGCAAAUUUGGGUGGAAACAGCAAGACUCAGGAGAAUCUGAGUCGUCUCUUCAAGUCUCUGGAGUCGUAUUAUCAUCCUUCCAACUCAGGCCAAUGGAGCAGACACCUGCAUGACUUCCUCAACAAACUCUCCCUCCUCUUUAUUAGGAGAUUACAUCGGGAAAGAUAUAAGAAGCCAUCAUGGGAAGUAGAAGUGCCAGCUCACAAGAAGCUGACUGAGGAAGACAUCACAGCCUUUGUGCAGUGUGUUCAAACACCCACAAUGCUCACUAUGUACUCACACACUGGCACCCAUGAUGCUGGCAUAGUCUUCCACAGGUUGUCUCUCCUUCGACCAGAAUUGGUUAUACCACCUCUUCUUGAGCAGCUCUAUUCAUCUCUAGAAACCACCACUGAGCCUCACCGUUUGACUGCCUCCCUUGAGUGUGUGGUGUGUGUGGCACGAGCCCUUGUACGUGGAGGGAAGCACUACCCAGAGGGACAGAGUCAUGUUAUUCCUCUACUCAUCCAAACACUCCCAGGCAUUGACCCUAAUGAUAUAAAGAAAUGCAUGGUAACAUUCCAGUUCAUCUAUACUCUGGUAACACUUGUGCCUUUUGUUGACUGUUCGUCAGCAGCAGAAGAAUUUACUGACCUGACAGAGUUGGAGCAAGAAGUGUGCCUGCAGACUGCAAGUUUUGAAGAUUUUGUUCUGCAAUUUAUGGACCGAUGCUUUGCUCUCAUAGAGAAUUCAACCCUUGAGCAAAUCACUCAACAAGACAGGGAAACUGAAAAGAUGAAUAGGGAGGAAAACAUGCUAGAAAUGGGCCUCUCAUCCACAUUUUCUGCUAUUAUAACUCAGGCCCAUCCAAAGAUUUAUGACGCUGCCUUGCAACGAUUACAGACAUUUAUUAAGGGCAAAAUGAUAGAAAUUCAUGUUGCUGGGAAGUUUGCAGCCAACAUGUGUCGGUCUGCAGUCAAGGUAAAUCCUCAUGAGGCACUGAAGGUGUUUGUCCCUGGAGUCUGCCGACUGCUGCUGACACUCACAGACAAUGAAGAAGUGCAAAAUGAAGAACACUUGGAUGAUGAGCUUCUUUUCAAUCUCCUGCUCCUGUCAGAGUUGGUAAGAUGCAGUGGUUGCCAUCUGCUGCAGUACAUACCACAGAUAACACAAGUAUUAUCUCAAACGCUGCACCUCAAGAGUCGAGAAGGUUACCACCUAGCAGGAUCUGUGCUGCGGUACCUGCUCAAAUAUUUAAGCAUAUCAAUGCCCUCAGAAUACCGUUCAUUGCCCUACAGUUGGGAUGAACCAUUCUCCACCUGUUUGCCUAUAAGACACUGGGGAGAGGCUGGGGAUGUGCAUAACUUGGGGCUGACCUGGGUGGAGCCAACAGAAGCUGAGGAAGCAGCUAUGCAAGCAUUAGUACGCACCUUCCUCACACCAGAACUCAUGCUACUGCAUAAAGUUGCCACUGGAGAAAAGGAGGUGUCCAGGGAGCACCUUCAGCAGAGCUUGAGUAUCACCCUUGACAUCCUGCUUGGUGCUGGUGCUGCUCUGCCUCACUGGGAGGAAGAACCCAUUUCGUUGGUUGACAUGGCAGUAAAGAAAGAUACUUCCAAGUUCAUUGUCAGAAAUCGAGAAUUAUGUGCCACUCUUGACUCUGAACACUUCCCAACAAAUGUGCGCAAAGCUGCUUCCGAUGUCAUUCUGGAACUGGUGGACCGACUGCUCACUCAGGGAUCUGAUGAUGCAAAGUCUCUUUGCAGAGCUGUCAAUAUUUAUCAUGGGCUGAUAUUCUUUCAUGGAGUUUCAAAAGAUGACUUUGAUGCAAGAUGGAAGAGCUUCCAGUUCAUCAAAGAUGCAUUGGCCAACAAACUCACAAGAAACAAGCAGCACAUAAGGUCUCUACUUAUUGAGAGGACAGUCCUUCACCAAGAGAGUCGUAUCUUGGAGAACAGUGUCACUCACCUAACACCAACUCACAGUGCCAUUAUGACCAGUCUUCUACAACUCUCAACUAGUCAAUAUAGUGAAGUCAGAAGUAAGAGCCAGCAAACUCUCAACCAAGUUUUCCAGUCAUUUCCUUACUCCUACAAGUUGAUCCUGCCAGACCUCAUCACCUGCCUUCAAGUUAAUCCAACAGAACAACAUGAGCAGUUCAAAGGAAGCCUCUACCUGUUGUUGGGAAGACAAGGGAAGUCUCUCAUGGUGCGGCGAGACUGGGAGUCCCUGAAUAUGGUAUGGCCAGCGCUGAUUUCAUCCCAGCACUCUGAAAAGCCUUCCAUAAUCAGGCUCAUGAAUGCUUUAUCUGAUGCUGUCUACUACUACAUGGAACUCAUCGCAAUAUACCAUCACACACCAGAUGAGAUUGUAAGGGCAGCAGAAGCCCUCCUGCAAACUGAUAACCCAAAGGUGAAGGAUAAUGUUGUUACUGAGGCUGUUGUGUCUUCUGCUUGUGAAAAUGUUUUGAAAAAAGGCAGAACCAAUCAUGAACUCUACACCAAACUGGUCAUGAGCCUGGUGGAGCAUCUUGAAUCCGGGGCAUUGCACUGGCGGACACACAACAUGGCACUCAACCUUCUUGGCUGUUUAGUUCGUCCUGAUGUGGUAUUCCCAGCUCCAGGGGUCAGGGCCUUCACCUCCAAUCUGAUCCAUGAUAAUAUACGCAUUCGGGAGACAUCAGUCUUCUACAUGCCAUGGAUUUUGAAAAAUCAAAAGAGAAAGCACAAGAAAGUUGAGAUUGACCCUUACUCAGUGUGUGGCAAACAUGAUGUUCCUGCAAGUACAUCUCCUGGAGACCACAGACCUGAUAAUCAGUGGAUGCAGUACAGUAGUAAUAAAAGAAUUACUUCUGAAGAAGAAUGGGAACAGCUCAAAUAUGUUGAGAAAACAUACUAUGGGUGGUAUACCUGGCCAAAAACUAUGAUGGUGUAUGCUCCUCCAUCACAGCAGCCAACACUUGAUAGAACAAGAGAGAUGCUAAAAGAAGAAGAGCGUGAAUUGUAUGACUUUUUUAUAGUUCAAGAAAAUGUUGACAAGCUGGUAUCAUUCUUGUCACUUGAAGAAAAUAAAGAGAGGGACAGCUUCAACACGCGCCGGUUCUGGAUGAUAAAGGGUCUUUUCCGGAACUUUGGUGACACAUUUUUUCCCAUGUUUUCUGGUCAUCUGGAGAGACUUGUUAAAGAAACUCAGAAAAGCAGUCAAAGAUGUGCUGCAGAAAUUAUUACUGGUAUUAUCAGGGGAAGCAAGCACUGGACUUUUUCAAAACACGAAGCCCUGUGGGAGAAACUGAAGCCUAUUUUGAAAACUGGAAUGGCAAGAGUUACUGUUGAAACAGUUGAAGACUGGGGCACCUGCAUGGCCACUGCCAGUGCUGACAGAGAUCCCAACAGGCUGUGUCCACUAAUGGAAGUCUUGAUGGAUGACCCACUGCGAGCAAGUGAAGGAGCUUUUAAUGGAUCAAGCCGCUUGUACAUGUUGAUGGGAGGGUUGGGCCAACAGCAGUGGAGAGUAUCAGAACUGAGUCAUCAGCUUCUGGAGUACCUGAGGCCUUCAAUCUCUCAUGCAUAUAAGAGCAUCAGGGACAGGAUGGGAAGUGUGCUCACUGGGAUCUUCAUGUAUGACCUGAUCCUCCCAGGAGGUGGAAAUUCACAAUACCCUGUCUGCUCAAAAUUCAUUGAGGAAAUACUUCCUCAGUUAGCACCACUUAUACAGGAACCCAAUUUAAGUGCAGCAAAUGACUCGGACUCAGACAGUACCAAAUAUGGUCCAUCAGUGUCAUUUGCUCAUGAAGAAAGUUCCCUCUCUCACUCGGAGAACAAGUUGUUUAGUGAUGGUGUAAUUCCCUCUAUGAGGGACAUAGAGGCACUCUCAGAGACACUCUCAGAGAGUGGUAGCUUUACCAAAGUUUUAGACAAUGUCCAUUCAGUAAAUUCUGAUGUACCAAUGAUUAGUCCAUUAGUAAGUCAUGUAUCUGGUCUUGAGGCAGGGAGUUUACUUGCUGGAAGAGACAGCAAAGACUUGAUCAGACUUGGAAAAAUCAAAGUUAAAGAAAAUUGUGACUUAUCCUCAGAUGUAUUAUACAGUUCUGUAAGUGUAAUGCGAUCAGAUGUUGUUAAUUUUGAAAAGAACAGUAUUCAUGAAAAUCAUGAAAAGAAUCAGGUUAAUGGAUAUAUUGGAGCCAGUGAAGAAAGAAAAACGGCCGUGCGCCUCAUGAACACUGUGUGUCGGUGGCUUGUGGGUCAGAUUGGACGCUGCUACAAUGGUGUCACUCCAGAAAUAUACAGGUUUCUUCCUUAUUUGUGUCAGUUGGAAAGUGUUGACAAUGACCCUGAGCUGCGGGGAAAUUGUGUGGCAACACUGGCAGUGCUCAGUCAGGCCUUGGUUCUUCCAUCCCGCAUUCCAGCUCUCAUAACCACCAUUGCUCAGAUAGCACAGAGCAGUUGGUGGCGUGCUCGAGCAGCUGUGUUAUCUCUGCUCCAAGUGGCUGUGUUCACCAACAUGUUCACCAUUCUGAGUGACGAGAGAGCACCUCAGCAAGUACAAGACCUUGUGGUGGGAUUGCUUUCUGACUCAAGACUAGAAGUGCAACAGAUGGCAUCUACGGUGCUCAGUGGACUUGUUCACUGUAAAUUUAUCCAGGCAGAAGAUAAGCUUUUGAAUGAGUUUACGGGCAAGCUCCAGAAGAGUCAUGACCAGAAUAGAAGAAAAAAGAAACCAUUGCAGCCACAUGAAGUAACUGAACUGCAUGCCAGUGUGUUGGGGCUUUGUGCUUAUGUCAGUGCCUUCCCUUAUGAUGUACCCGACAUGCUGCCCCAGGUGUUGGUCACCCUUAGUGAUCACCUCAACGAUCCUCAUCCCAUACCAGCCACAAUCAAGAAAACACUAAGCAACUUCCGGCGCACCCACCAUGACAACUGGCGCGACCACAAGCAGAAGUUCACUGAGGACCAGCUAGUAGUGCUCACUGACCUUCUACUCUCCCCAUCAUACUAUGCUUAAUUUUUAUGCUUUUAGAGUUUUUAAUAAAUAUAUUUACAUAUAGAAAAUACAGGUAUUGUAGGUGAAAAAGGCAGACUAUGCUGUCAUGAUAUUUUUACAAAUAUUUCAAAUAUUCUCAUAAAUGAGAGUUUCUUUUGGUCUUUCUUGACCUCCUAUGGUACUGUAUUAUUUAAGAUAAGCAAGUCUAUGGGCUUCUGAUAAUGAUUUUUUGGAGUUAUUUAUGUACAUAGUUUUCUAAUUGAAAUACCAACAUUUUUUAUUAUGCAUUUCUUAGUCAAUGAUUUUCAAAGGCUUUCUCCUUAAUUUUUCUUAAAUGUUGUGGAGUCAUCAGUUAUAGCAAAAUGUAUUAGUAAAUUAUUUUUAUUUCUACUUUCCAAUAGGGGAUGUAAUAUUUUUCAAAUAUGCAACCAUUGUAUAUUUUGUAAUGUGCUACAAUUUAGGUAUUUCAUAUAAUUACAUAAUAUAUCAAAAUAAAGUAACUUAUCUUUUUAAUUUCAAGUAUUUAAUAAAUCAAACUAGUUUUACAUGCAAAGAUUGAUUCUUACAAAUGAAGCAUGCUAAAGGAUUGAGUUUUCACAGGGAGAGCAAAGAUACAAGCAGCUGGUGUCAUAGCAAGUCCUCCUUGGUAAAAAAAAUGCAGAUUAUUAAUUCCAGCAAUUUUUAAUAUGGCUUGUAUUUUUUUUUUCAACUUAAGGAGGAAGCUGUUAAUAUACUGUGUGAUGAAUAUAUUAUGAUGAAUUUAAA